AUGCAUCUUAACAGCCACAGAUUUAUGCACACUGAGGAGAAAAAAUAUAUUUGCGAUCAGUGUGGGAAACGCUUUGCCCAAGAGAGCCAUCUCAGGUGUCAUAAAUAUGUUCAUAGUGAUGAAAAGAGGUUUGCUUGUGAAGAGUGUGGCAAGCGCUUUACACAGGAAGCUUAUCUCCAUAGUCACAUGUUUAUGCAUAACAAGGUUAAGAAAUUUGAGUACCAAGAAUGGUCUAAACAUCCUGUCAACACAAAGUUCAUGCAUAACGAUGAUAAAAGAUUUGAGUGUGAGGACUGUGGAAGGCGCUUCGCUCAUCAGAACCAUCUAAGCAGUCACAGGUUUGUCCACAGUGAAGAAAAACGAUUUGAGUGUGGUGAAUGUGGCAAGCGCUUCACGCAGGAGAGCUACCUCACAAGCCAUAGCUAUGUGCAUAGCGAGGAGAAGAAGUUCCAGUGUGGAAAGUGUGGCAAAAGAUUUGCACAGGAGAGCCAUUGA